CGCGUCGCGCCAGCUGUAAACUGGCCGGACCAGACCAGAACAACCACCGCGACGUUUGAUGCGUUUCAUCAGUCCGUGCUGUGAUUCCGUCGCGAGAGCAUCGCCGCCGCCGUCCAAAGUUUGAGGUUCUGAACCGCGAGGAAAAGGUGCGUGUGAGUGAAUAACAUCAACAGCUAGGCGAAAGACAAUUUAAGAUGGCGCCACGGUUUCCGUGGCAACGACGUCGUCGUCCGCUGCUAUUAGCGGUACUUUUGGUCCUACUCGGCGGAUCUCCCGGAAUCUGUCUUGGUAUGUCAGUCGAUCAGGAUGCCACCUGUAGUCAUCUGGAUCGGCGACAGUACAGCACAGACCAGAACCCAUCCGAACCGAUGAUCGAGGAAGAGUUCCGUGGCCAAGUCACCGUACUGUAUAGUGUCGCUCCGCCAAAGCCCUUCCUGACGAGGCGUAUCUUCAUGGAUCGGGAUCCAGUUUACUACAACAAAAUCAACUACGACGAGCAGAUUCAAUUAUUUCACAACCUCUUCAACCGCUUCGAGCACAACGGCUAUCGCAACGUGCAGUUCAUUCUGGGUGCAGCGCCCAGUCGCCAUCCAGACGAAACCGAAUUCACAGAAUUUGAAGAUUUUCUGGACAACGUGACGAGCGUCGCCGCCGGUUACAACAUUUCCGUAUAUCCGAACCCGUUGAACGAGAACGGCACCUUCGCCAUGUUCGGCCUCAAGGAGUUUCAAGUCUACGUUGUGGACCGUUGCUCGCGGAUAUCCUACAUCAUCGAACCGCCCUGGAGUCUGAUCCAGUACUCGUACGUGAAAGCGGCCGUACUGUCCACGAUGUACGAUCGACCUUGCGGCGAGUGUGAUGUGGAUAAUUUUCUUAACGCGUCGCUACCGGAGAAGAAACUCGAUCAAUUCAUCAUGCUGCCGGCAUUGAACGUGACCGAGACUGCGAGUGGUUCCUCCAAGGCACCAGCCAUUUUGAACAUAACGGAAAUGGUAUCGGGUACGAAGGGAACGACCACUUUGGCACCUACGACACCGAUGGCUUCGGAUGUUUCCCCGUAUGAUGAAUCCACCGAAAGCGAGGAAGUGUCCGUAGAGGAGUACUCUGAAGUGGUGUCGACAACCGACGAGCCUACCGUAGUGCAACAGUCAUCGAACAUAACCGAGGUCAAUGCAACGGACAGCGAAGAAGACUACCCGUUUGCGAAUUUUAACCCAUCCGGUCCGGAAUUGGUUCUUCCGUUAAAGAUCAUCAUUCCUGCGAUCCACAUCCACUACGAUCAACCCAAGGAGAACAACUCGUACGAAAAAUAUUCGUACGUAGUGUUCCAAAGCGAUAAUCCUUCCGUGCAUCAGCACGGAGUUGGGAAUGAUUCCCCCGUGGAACAGUCUUCGCUUCGGGAAGUCUCCCUAACAAACGAAACCACAGCAAAUAGCACCCUGCGGGUGAUUGGUGUCGAUUGGCCACUGGCACAACUCUACGAAAUACUCAACACAACAACUGUAUUCUACGACGAACGAACUACGCAGGUGUACCAAAAGCUGGCCCGGUACAAUGCCUCCGGGUUCGAUGAACUGGAAGAGAUCUCGGUCAGCAGCCAAUAUGCCGCUUGGAAGCGUCGCCAAGCCGAUCUGGCAGAGCAAGCCAAGACCGAAAAGCGCCAUUUCAUUCGCAAACACUACGAACGGCUGAUACAGUGGCUCAGCUGGCAGUUUGACAAGUCCUGAUGAUGGUCCGGCCGACCGGGAGUUCGGUGAAAUUCAAACAACUACAUCCUAGUGCUAUAUUGCUUAUACACAUAGAUAUAUUUACUAUUAUAUUACAAACUAUAGAUACGUAGAACAAUAAAUGACAAAUCCUGUGUUAA